UUAUAGAAUACAGUGUACUUCUGUAAUAAGGCACAGACACUGAGCUCUCGAACAAAGUCACGCAGGGAGCAAGGGAAACGGCGCGCAACGCUUAUUAUAAUAGAUUAGUGACUCUUUCCCUCACACACACUCUCACACACAGAGAGAGAGCGACACACGGGGAUGGAGAUGGAACAGCGCUGCGAAGGCGGUUUCCACGGCGAUGAAGCAUUUUGGAGGCAGUUUUUAACCAUUGUAAACAGAAGAGAGAGAGAGACAGAUAACGCGAUCGACUCGACAAGCCUAGGCUGUAGGAUCAAAAAGGGGGGCACUACGUCAGACUAGUCAGGCUGUGCCGCUGGGGCAAGUACCACUGAGACAGAGGGACGACAUCGCUCCUUCCACCAACAAGCUGAAGAACUGAGGCUGACAAAUCCACAGACAACACACAAACAUUCUCACACGACACACACACAAGUAACAAUGAUCUCACACACAUGUGGCCCGCAGCAGAAAUUGAGCAGUUCACACUGGCCAAUUAUCAAGCAAUAUCAACUUUAGACGCUAAUCCCCAAAAAUUUGAGGAGAGAAAAAGUGUCUGGGUGGAUAGCGAGCAGUGUCACUAUAGGCUUUAAUAAGAGAUUAUUCAUUAUAAUCCUCAAAGUGAAGGAUAACAAGUGGCCCAGACUCCUGUGACCUCCCAUCCCACCACCACCUCCUUGUCCUCCUCCUCCUCUAGCACCUCCUCCUCCUCCACCUCUUCCUCCUCCUCCACCUCCUCCACAGUCUCUAACCUCUUCUAAUCUCUGAGGUGUGUAACGUUCUCUGUUCCCCCCAGCUGGUUCAAUCUAUACAGACACACACAGACUGACUGGAUGACCAUCUGGACAUAUGUAAAUCAACAUGAAGACAACAUAAACCAACCAGCAGAGAGGCCUUGAAGACUGACUCUCCUGGAUACUGACUGAGCUGCCAGAUGCUACUCUGGAUGGGGCUGGAGACUGUAGGCUGUUAGGCUAGCUAGGCCAUGCUGCUCCCUGUGCCUUCCUCCUCUCCCAUGCUGCUUCCCUGGAAACCUAUAGGCUGCAAACAUCAUCAUCGUCAUCUUCAUCGUCAUCUUGAUCGCUCACCAAUGCCACAGGAAGUACCGUGGCUCAGAGGGAACUGACUGAACCUCUGAACUACUACGGACAGAGUGGACUGGAACUGUCAUCACACACACACACGUACGCACGCGCACACACACUGACUUGUCACACACACACGAACAGCCCCUUCAGCUGUGGAACAGACAGAAGAAGACAGAAGGCAAAGAGAGACUCAGCACUGAGAGGAGGCUGGGACUAUGGCUGCCGAGAGUCUGGCAGAGCUCCGUGAUUGGCUCUUCCUGCUCCUCCUGUGCCUGACUCUACUGGCUGAGAUGCUGGAAUUGGCGGCGGCAGCAGUUGCCAUGGAGGAGGGCGAGGAAGACUUCCUGUGCCCGUUGGUGUGCCGGUGUGACGAAGGCUUUGUCUACUGUAACGACCGGAGCCUGAGCAUGAUCCCUCCUCUACCGUUAAUGGCUACUGUUCUCUACUUACAGAGCAACCGGUUGGCCAACUCCGGCCUGCCUCCAUCGUUAGAGCGCAGCAGUAGCAUCCGUGUGGUCUACCUUUACGCCAACCAACUAGACGAGUUUCCUAUACACCUGCCGCCGUCGCUACGGGAACUACACCUGCAGGACAACAACAUUCGGACGUUGCCGCGCACGGUGUUGGCCAGGUUACCGUUGCUAGAGAGGCUACACCUGGACGACAACUCCAUCUCCACAGUGAGCAUUCAGGAGCGGGCCUUCUCCGGCACGCCACGGCUGAGGUUACUCUUCCUCUCCCGGAACCACCUGUCCAGCAUCCCAGCCGGCCUCCCGGCUUCUUUAGAGGAGCUGAGGUUAGACGACAACCGCAUCAACACCAUCCCCACCCACGCCUUCCGGGGCCUGGCUUCACUGAGACGCCUGGUCCUGGACGGGAAUCUCCUGGCCAACACCCGCAUUGCCGACGACACCUUCUCCCGCCUGGCCAACCUCACGGAGCUGUCGCUGGUCCGCAAUGCCCUGCAGGCCCCGCCCAUCAACCUUCCCAGCACACACUUGCUAAGGCUGCACCUGCAGGACAACGGGCUGAUCCACAUGCCCCGGGGGACCCUGGACGGGAUGAGGAGGCUGCAGAGGCUGGACCUGUCAGGGAACAACCUGACCACACUGCCCCGGGGGCUGCUGAGGGACACGGACGGCCUAGAGCUGUUGCUGCUCCGGGGGAACCCCUGGUACUGUGGCUGCAACCUGCUCUGGCUCCACGCCUGGCUGUAUGGCCGAGGGGCAGCAGUGACAGUACGGGGCCUGACCUGCCACGGGCCGGAGGUGGUUCGAGGCCAGGCCCUCAGGGACCUCUCUGGGCUCAUGGACCAGUGUGAAGGCCCACCAGGAGGGGUGAACACUGUCUCUAGUACUACCACCACCUCCCCCCCCAGCCAGGGCUCUAUGUUUACCCUCAGGGCCAUGCGGCCAGGCCUGGUGAUGCCACCGGGAGGAGGAGAGGCGGGGGGGCAGGCCUCACACAACGCUCUAGAACUCACGUUGAAGCCCCUGUCUGCAGACAGCGUGCAGGUGACGUGGCUGUGCCCACAGCCAGCGCCCUCCUUCCGGCUGUCGUGGCUGAGGCUGGGCAGCAGCGCCGCUCUGGGUUCCAUCACAGAGACGCUGGUCCCCGGGGAGAGACAGCAGUACCUACUAACCCAGCUCACGCCACGAUCACACUACCUCGUCUGCCUGCUCCCCCUUCGCUCCACCUCCUCCCACUCUAGAGGGUCACAGAGAGGACAGCAGCAGGAAAAGGACACAACAGACCAGACCCCCGUCUGCGCUCAGAUAGAGACGGGGGAGGCUCUGCGCCCCGAGGGGGGAGACGGGGGUGAUGACUCAGACACAGAGAUGGCAGCCCUCCCCCUGGCCGAGAUCAUUGGCGGAGCCACGGCCCUGGUCUCCCUCAUACUCAUCUUCGGCAUCUUCUGCUGGUACGGCCAGCGCGCCGGGUAUGUCUCCGGGGAAACAGACUCCUAUGGGGUCCGAGGACAGCGCGGGGUUGGAAUGGGGAAGCCAUACGAUGACUAUGUGGAGUCGGGCACUAAGAAGGACACCUCCAUCCUGGAGAUCAGGAGCCCCGGCUUGGCCAUGACGCCCAUGAUGACCCAUCAGCCACUGCAACCCAAAGGAGGGGAAGAUGUGACCUAUGUGCACACCAUCUUCCCCUCAUCGCACGGUAACGGCACCUACCGGAGCAACCAGAGUCACAAUGGCAUCAUCACCCAACUGGGUCACACGGCGGGCUACGGGACCAACCGGGGUUACCGGGAGCAAGGGAUGAUCCCGGAUAUAGACUACUCCUACACGUGAUGACAUCAUCUAAGACACACUUCUCCCACCCCCACCGGUUGGACGCUGUCCUAAGGAUACGGUUCUAGCAGGCGGUUGGUUGGUUGGUCUUCUUGGUUCCAAAGUAUCCUCUGUGCCUCCUCAGUUCUGCUCUGAAUCUUAUUGGUCUGUUACUUAGCUGACUGGCUUGGGGUGUUGUGUCCCCAAAGGGCAACCAGACAUACAUGUUAGCUAGGUGACAGAAGUGCCAGUCAAGUCGUACCAUGCUGGGUAUUGACCCAUGUUGACCCAUGACUCAUGUUUAAACGUUUUGAGGUCUUUACAGCUACUACACUCUUCCUUCUAUUCCAUAAAACCAUGUUAGUAGUUUGAGGUGGAGGUUUAGGCCUAGGUAGAUAAUAUAGGCAAAUAUAUACCAGAAAGAAGCACUUGUGUAGAUGGCUAUACUACUAAAUACGUCUGUUUACGCUGUGUAGACACACAGGUAAGGGUUUGAUGGAACUAGUCAUUAACAACCUACAAACAACAACUCAUCAUCACUGACUGACAAAACAAAUAUAUGCUCCUAUCUUAGAGACAUGUGCCUAUCAGAGAGAGAGAGAAAUAGAGAGAGGGGGAGAGAGAUAUGGAGAGAGCUAUAUAGAGAGAGAUAUUUAUAGAGAGAGAGAACUAGAUAUAUAUAUAGAGAGAGGGAAAUAGAGAGAGACAAAGAAAGAGAGAUGGAAAUAUAUAUAUAUAUAUAUAUAUAUAUAUAGGGAGAUUAGAAGCCUUGGUGUCAGGUUUGUAACUUCAAAAACAAAUUAGAAAUAUCAGUUUUAGUAAAGGGACAUAGUCUUAGAAAUUCGUGUUUGCGCGCGCCGUAAAGACAUUACGCACCUGCUAAAAUUGGUUUCCUAUUGAACAUACUUCUUUCCCGAAAUAAAUAUUAUAGUUUGAUGACAUUUUAGGGUAUCUAAGGAGUAAAUAGAAAUGUAUUUUGACUUGUUGAGAUAAAGUUUAGAGGUAGAUUU